UCAUUGAUGGAGAAUAAGACAGAAGUGACAUGGUUCAUCCUUCUGGGACUCACCAAUGACCCACACCUGCAGCUUCCCCUCUUCAUUACUUUCCUCUUCAUCUACACUAUUAUCCUUGUGGGGAACCUGGGGUUGUUUCUACUUAUUCUCUUGGACUCCCGGCUCCACACUCCUAUGUACACUUUCCUCAGUAACCUGUCCUUAGUAGACUUUUGUUACUCUUCAACAGUCACUCCAAAGGUUAUAGCUGGAUUACUUUCAGGAGACAAGAUCAUGUCCUACAAUGCAUGUGCCUCUCAGAUGUUCUUUUUUGCAACUUUUGCCAAUGUAGAAAACUACCUUUUGGUUUCAAUGGCCUAUGAUCGCUAUGCAGCAGUGUGUAAGCCCCUACACUAUGCCACCACCAUGACAACAGGUGUGUGUGCAUGUUUAGUCAUUGGCUGUUAUAUCUGUGGUUUAUUGAAUGCUUCCAUCUAUACUGUGAAUGCAUUAAGUCUCUUUUUCUGUGAGGUCAAUGUGGUCCACCAUUUUUUCUGUGACAUUCCAGCAGUAAUGAUUGUAUCUUGCUCUGAUAGACAUAUCAAUGACCUGGUUCUUGUUUAUGUAGCCAGCUUCAAUAUCUUUUUUGCUCUUAUACUUAUCUUAAUAUCCUACAUUUUCAUUUUUAUCAAUAUACUAAAGAUACACUCAGUUACAGGAUAUCAAAAAGCUCUUUCCACUUGUGCCUCUCACUUCACAGCUGUUUCCAUCUUUUACGGGACAGUCAUAUUCAUGUACUUGCAGCCCAGCUCCCAUCACUCUAUGGACACUGACAAAAUUGCAUCUGUCUUCUAUACUAUGGUCAUCCCCAUGUUGAACCCUCUUGUCUACAGCCUAAGGAAUAAGGAGGUGAAGAGUGCAUUCACAAAGAUUGUAUUGAGGUCAUAA